ACCAGUCCAAUCAGUAACCAGCAUUGCUGACAUAUUUCAGAUGACAGUGAUCUAUCGUGACCAUUCCAGUGGACGGCGACUCGAGCUGUGGCGCGUGAACUGGAGCGAGUUUACCGACGUUACCGUGAAUGUUGCUGUGUGUUUACCGGCGGCAGGAUGAAGAAAGCCCUCAAUAAGUUCUACGUCGACAUGGACAAGUACCUGUACAGUCUGGGCCUCUACAGGAAGAUGGUGGCCCGGGACGCGUGCAGUCUGUUCCGAGCCGUGUCUGAGCGGUUGUAUUACUCUCAGAACUACCACCGGAGGGUCCGUCAGCACUGCGCUAACUUCAUGAGAGCCAACAGAUGUAAAUUUGAGCUGUUUGUUGAAGGUUCCUUUGAAAAGCAUCUGGGACGUGUGGAGAACCCGAACGAGACGGUGGGUCAGGUGGAGAUCAAAGCUUUAUCUCAGCUGUACAGGUGUUGUUUCCUGAUCUACGAUUACCCGGGGAUUCCAGCCAAAGUGAUCUCAGAGGACAACUUCGUAGUUGAGGUGAUGCUGUCCCACUCCAUCAAUGGUCACUAUGACAUCAUUUACCCAAGGACUUACCACGCCUCUGCCGCCCUCCGUCAGUCUCUCCUGUAUGAGCUGUUCUACACUCGGGUGUUUUUGUCAGAAGAGACGGAGCUCUGUCAGGCGAUGGAGGCCUGCAGAGUUGGAGGUCAGCGCUAUAGACACAGCACACCUGAGGAUCAAGCUCACAGCAGGGAGGAUGUGGAGUCCGGGGGAGCUGCUGAAGAGACGCGAGGAGCUGUGACAGAGGGGGCAAAGUGUCCACUAGAAGCCCCGCCCCGCGCCAGACUGUCUCUUUCAUAUAAGGUGAUGAGGUCUCUGGACGCAGAGUAUUACAGAGAUGUGGAGUUUAACAUCCGGCUGGAUACCUGCGAAGAGAUGCAGAAGACAGACUACAAGUUGUUUGCAGGAAGGCAGUACCUCCUGGGAGACAAUUGUCAGGUGCAUUUGGAGGCAAUAGGGAAGUACUCCAACGCUUUCAAUCAGGAAGUAGAAACAGACUCCACGGCCGUCACCCUCAUCAUCGAGGAACUCAGAAAAAAACACCCGGACCUGAAACCAGUGAAUCCAGUUCCUGCCUGGAAUGUUGCUGCUCCUACCAGAACAGGAGACCUUGACUUGGACUCUCGUGGUGGGCGUCAUCAUCGCCAGUGCAACUUCAGGAAGUUUCAUGGUAGCAGUGGAGGGCCGGGUACGGAGAUUCUGAUGCCACCACCAUCCCACAAUGCAGGCCCAGCCCCCUCUGCACUACCCCCCCGCUUCCAGCCAGCUGGUCACCCCCACCCGCAAACCCCGCCGUUCCCAGGAGCCAUGGCCUACCACCCCUCUGCUCCCCCACACCACCACCCCAUAGCCAGACCUCCUCGCUAUGGAGCUUCCAGCCAUCAUCUGAUUGGUCCACAGUUGACCUACUUCCACCCUGGCAGUCGAUAUCAUCACAACUACGAGAACUACACCUUCGGGUUAGGACGCCUGUUCCCCCCAACGGACCUGAAUCCAGUUCCUGCCUGGAAUGUUGCUGCUCCUACCAGAAAUGGAGACCUUGACUUGGACUCUCGUGGUGGGCGUCAUCACCACCAUUGCAACUUCAGGAAGAUUCAUGGUGGCAAUGGAGGGCCGGGGACAGAGCUUCUGAUGCCACCACCAUCCUACUAUGGAGGCCCAGCCCCCUCUGCACUACCCCCCCGCGUGCAGCAAGUGGGUCACCCUCACCCGCCUCCCCCGCCGGGCCCAGGAGCCAUGGCCCACGACCCCUCUGCUCCCCCACACCACCACCCCAUAGCCAGAACUCCUGACUAUGAUGCCUCCAGGUGGGACUUGUUGUCCUGGAUGUUCAACAGACUCCUGUUCCCCCCAACGGACCUGAAUCCAGUUCCUGCCUGGAAUGUUGCUGCUCCUACCAGAAAUGGAGACCUUGACUUGGACUCUUGUGGUGGGCGUCAUCACCGCCAUUGCAACUUCAGGAAGAUUCAUGGUAGCAGUGGAGGGCCGGGGACAGAGCUUCUGAUGCCACCACCAUCCUACUAUGGAGGCCCAGCCCCCUCUGCACUACCCCCCCGCUUCCAGCCAGCUGGUCACCCCCACCAGCAAACCCCGCCGUUCCCAGGAGCCAUGGCCUACCACCCCUCUGCUCCCCCACACCACCACCCCAUAGCCAGACCUCCUCGCUAUGGAGCUUCCAGGUGGGACUUGUUGUCCUGGAUGUUCAACAGUCGAAGUUGCCAUCAGCUGGCUGCUCUUAAUAAAGAGUGUCAGUUUGGUUUCUCAGAGCCGAUGGAGGACCUAUCUGAUAUGGACCCAGCCAUCGUGUGCUACCAGCUUGAGGGCGGGGACACCGUGUUCCCUCUACUGCCGAAGAAACAUUAAAGAUGGAGUCACAAAGGAGGACAAGGAGAUCCAGCUGCUACCCUGCAGAAGUUCGAAUGUUCUUGAUGCAUAAGAAAAAAACAUUGUUUUAGUUUACAGUUCUGUUCCAGAUAUUCAAAUAAAGAUAAGUUCUAAAGCCCUCCAGCCCUGACAGCUAAAUCUUUUGGUUAUACUGAUGAUGGAAGAUUCUGUACUGUGAUGGAGAGGUACUGAUAUCUUCGGAGCCCCCUUGUAGUGCAGGUCAAAUUGAUCCAGAGACCAUAUGAAGGACCAUGCCCUAUCUGGUGCCCCAGGGUUCCUGUUGUCCUUGCUGAGUUCAUCUGGCUGGAUUGGCAAAAGUAUAGGCCCCAGGGCAGUGGCACAGUUCAAGAAGUGCCAAUGAGACUGAACCAAGAGCCUGCUACAAUAGGGGGGAAUUGGGGUUAUUGAGUUUAGUUCAUUAGUAGUUAAUGUAUUAAUGCGUUGUGUCAUUCCUCUUGUGUGUCUUUGGCCUGAUCAGCCACUAUUGAACCCCCCUGUGUUCUUUAUUUGUUAGGUUGGUCACAAAGGAGGUUGAUGACAUGCAUGAAGAUGCAUAGAAAAUUCUUGAAGUCAUAAUGUUUUUGAGAAAGAAACCAAUUGGUUGUGUAUAGUUCAGUUCUACAUGUUCAAUUAAAACUAAAACAUUUCA